CUUCCCAUUUUCUCACCACUAGAGUGUAUAACGCAACGCGCAUUUCCAAAGUCUCAUAAUUCCAUUUUCCAGCACAGACACACACCGGUCAACAAAUCUCAAUCUGACACACGCACAUGCUAAUUUCAUUUCAUUGCAUAAAUUACAAUAUCAUGCACAUUCAAUAAUCAAUAUACUAUUCCAAUAAUAUUCCAUUGACUAUACUCUUCCUUAAUUAUAUAUAUAUAUAUAUACUCAUUCAUACCUUCCCCUUCCUGUACUCAAACCAAAACAACUUCUAUCAACAAUCAACAACCAAAAACGCAAACACUUUUUUUUUUCCUCUCAAUCAAAUUACAAGGUAAUAAAUUUUAUUGAUCGUGAUGGGUAACUACGUUUCAUGCACCUUAGCACCACCGUUGAUGAGGAACGCAAAAGCAACAAGAGUAAUCCUUCCAACAGGAGAAGUUAAACAAUUCAGAGAAAUCAUGAAAGCUGCUGAGCUUAUGUUAGAGAAUCCAAAUUAUUUCUUAGUCAACUCUCGAUCUCUUCAUAUUUCUACAAGAUUUUCUCCUCUUGCUGCAGAUGAAGAAUUGGAAUUUGGAAAUGUUUACAUCUUUUUUCCUAUGAGAAGGCUCAAUUCUGUGGUCACCGGAGCUGACAUGGCGGUGCUGUUUUUGGCGGCGAAUUCGGCGGCGAAGCGAUUACGUGCUGGAAAAACACGUGUUCAACCGGAUGAAAGUUCGGAAGUGAAGGGUGAUGGUGUUGAGAAUGAUCAAAAUGAAUGUGUUCCAAGGUUGAGUUUGGAAGGUGUGGAAUCAGGGUUUAGUUAUAGGUUAAGUUAUUGUAGAUCAAAAAAACCUAUUUUGGAGACUAUAAAUGAAGAACCAAUUAGGUCAAGAUAAAGGAAUUAAUCAAGGUGUAGAUGAUUAUCAAUGUUUUAAAAAUUGAAUAACACUGAUAAUUUUAUAGUUUGCUUUAAUAGAUCUUUGGUGAUGUUAAUAGAAUCCGUUAAUUUUAGGUUGAAUAGAGAUUAGUAUUUGGUUGAUUCAUACAACACUUCAAAAAAUUAUGUCAAGUGUGUCUAGCUAUAUAUAGACCUCUAGUAUCAUUGAUCUGUACAAAAAUCAUUUGUGGAUUGAACAAGUUUGUGCGUUAUUCAUGAUAUGAUAUUUUCUUUUUUGAGGGAUGAUAUGAUAUUAUCUUCUCCAUGUGGAAUGAGAUUCAUAUUUAAUUGGAUUCA